AUGACGACUCCUACGUUGAUUGAUUUUCCCCCGCCCCCUUCGGAUCCGGUCACUCCAUCAGAUAUGGGCCCUGGAACACCCAAUUCUGGGACCACAUCGCUCUCCGCGCUUUCGACCAUAGCCAUCAAGGACGGCCACCAGGGCGCUCGUCAUCACACCCGCCAUGGCCACCGAUCAUCAAACGCUUCCGAAACGUCCACAACAACAUUGGAUGCGGAACGCGCAGAUCGUAUCUCGCGCUUAGCAGGUCUGGAGCGCGUCGCCACGAGGCCUACCGGAGGCGGGACGACACCUUCGGCCAACCCCCAUGGGUUACCAGGUGGAUUUACCACUCAACAGCAUCCAGGCUACUUCGACCAUCUACAACAGUCUCACUUCAAAGAGAGAAGUACAGUGGGCAGUGCCAGUGCCACCGGCUCCAUUGGCGGCCGCACAACCUGGGCCAGUGGCAGCGAUAGCCUGGACCAAGACAGACUUGGCGACGACGACGGUGUCUCCAGCGUAGGCGGGUUAAGCGACGAGGGAAAUUCCAGCCUUGUCGGAUUCGGUGAGGGUGCAAGCAGCACCGUCAGCGGACCAGUUUCAACCGCCGCAGCUAGAAUUGCCUUCGCUUCCAACAACCGCGGCGUUGGUGGGAGGAAUAGUCCUGCGCCAAACAAUAGGCCGCCGACAGGCAGCGGCCAUACGUCAUCGUCGUAUCCACAACCAACUCCGAGAACGGAGAAUGGGCCCUUCAGUUCAACAAUAUCUCCAUUGGGGUCCAAUACACCAGAGCCACCCUUGGUAGGCAGCAACGCGGAUACUACUUUUAACGCCCGAAUGGUUGAUGGCAUGACGUACGAUGAAGGAGUUGUGGACACGGCGGCUCGACCACCAGGCCAUGUUGAUCUCGAUGGCGACGUUCAUUCAGCCUAG